AUGCGUCUCUUCCAGGCUAUAGCGCAGCUGGCGUGGUCAGAACCCACCUUGAUUCAAGAAACGGCGAUACCCCUGUUGCUGGAAGGAAAAGACGUCCUGAUGCGAGCUCGGACGGGUUCUGGAAAGACUGCUGCUUUCACCAUUCCUGUUAUACAGAAGAUCUUGCACCUUAAUAAUACUAGUAAACACCAGUGCAUACGGGCUUUGAUUUUGUCCCCAAGCAAGGAGUUGUGUGGGCAGAUUGCAUCAGUGAUAGCAGACCUCACACUCAAAUGUGCACGAGAAGUGCGCUGCAUAGACAUCUCAGCCAAUGGCGACAUGCAGACUCAGAAAGCGCUGCUCUCCGACAAGCCCGACAUAGUUGUAGCCACUCCAUCGAAAGCCCUGGCGCACCUGAAGGCCGGCAACAUGAGGCUGAAGGAGGACCUGGCUAUGCUGGUGGUUGAUGAGGCGGACCUCGUGUUCUCCUUCGGUUAUGAGGAUGAGAUCAAGGAGUUGUUGGGACACCUCCCCAAGAUCUACCAAGCCGUCCUGGCCUCUGCCACUCUCUCGGAAGACGUGCUCAGUCUCAAGAAGAUCGUGCUGCGCAACCCCGUAACCUUGAAACUGGAGGAGCCUGAAUUAGCAGCUGGAUCAAAACUGCAGCAUUACCACGUGCACGCGGAGGAAGACGAUAAGGCCGCCAUCUUGUAUGCGCUGCUCAAGUUGAAUCUGAUCAGGGGGAAGAGUAUCAUCUUUGUGCGGACGGUGGAUAGGUGUUACAAGCUAAAACUAUACCUAGAGCAGUUCAAGAUCGGCUCCUGCGUCCUGAACUCAGAGCUGCCAGCCGCUGUCCGCUGUCUCUCAGUGGACCAGUUCAACCGCGGCCGGUACCAGAUCAUCGUCGCUUCCGAUGAGAAGGCGCUGGAGAAGCCUGAUGGAGGCAUACUACCGCUUGAAGAGAGGAAGACCAAGAAAAAGCAAGCAUCCAAGCGUCGCCGCGACAAAGAGUCCGGCGUGUCCCGCGGCAUCGACUUCCAGCACGUGGCCAACGUCAUCAACUUCGACUUCCCGCUCGAUGUAGACUCCUACGUGCACCGGGCCGGCCGCACGGCGCGCGGCAACGAAUCGGGAUCAGUGCUGUCUUUCGUGUCUAUUCGUGAGAAGCCCCUCAUGGAGGCCGUGGAGGAACACCUCUCAGGCGGCGUCAAAGAUAAAAAAGUUCUACAAAAAUACGAGUUCGCCUUGGAGGAGGUGGAGGGGUUCCGCUACCGCUCCAGAGACGCGUGGCGCGCCGUCACGCGCAUCGCCGUACGUGAAGCGAGGCUGAAGGAGAUCAAGCAAGAGCUCAUCAACUGCAAGAAGCUGCAGGGUUACUUCGCGGACAACCCGAACGAGCUGGCAGCCCUGAAGCGCGACCGGGCUCUACACACCGUGCGACAACAGCCACAACUAGCGCAUGUACCAGAUUACUUACUGCCGGCGGCACUGCGGCCCGAGCCUGAAGCAGAGGCCGACCAGGCUGACAAAGAGACAGCAGCUCCGCCCGCCAAGAAGAAGAGGAACUUUGGCAGCGCCAAGAGGCUUAAACACCAGGCCCGCCAAAGCAACCCCCUCCGCAGCUUCGCCGUCAAGAACAUGAAGAGAACUCCCGCCGCCGGCGACACGUAACGCUACUCGCAUAGCUCAGUGUCUACCUACUGUAUUGUAAUGUUUAAGUGUAAUGUGAGGCCUGGAGGACGCUCGGCCCGGCGCGUUCUGCGGGGCAGGCGAGCGUGCAUACUCUCUACCGGCUCAGCCACGACAUUAGUCUAAGCGCGACAGCGUUGAGCGGCGGCCAUACAUUGGAGCGAGACAAAGCGAUGGGACUUUUCAUUCGCACGUAUGGCUGCCGC